AUGUCGACCACUACUACAGGGCGCCAGUCGCCUCCCAGCGGCAUCAGCAUCAACCUCGCGUCCAAUAAUCCUUUCCGCAAUCGCAACACUCUCAUGCCUUCGCCGCUCAACAGCCCCGAUCCGCGGGUGUCACGGUUCCCCAUGGCGCACAACAAUCCUUUCCUCGAUGCCAGCGAAGUCGCCAACACAUCUUCCCGCCCGGCCCCUGCUCCCGCCGCCAUUGGUGUCGCCAAAUCUGCCAACAUUGCUGUUCCGGAUGACAUCUUUAGCGAUCUGUCGCUGCUGGACAAACCCAAGAAGAGCACAACUCUGCCCGUCUCUGGUCAUCGCACGCACAUCUCCGAAGAUCGCCGGGGACAAUCACGCGGCCCACCUGUCAAGCCUGGAAGCCCGGGUAAGCCUACUCAGAGACACCAGCGCCGCGCAUCGGAAUCGUCCGUCAUGGAGAAAGAGCGACGACCACGGGAAGAACGCGAUCGAAGUGAUCGGCCACCUCGAACCGAGUCUGAAGAGCGACGCCGACGAGAGAGACGCCGUGAGCGCGAAGAACGUCACCGGAAAGAGAAGGAAGCUGGCGGGCGGAGCACUCGAAGCAAACGUCCCCAAGGUCUGGAUAUCAUUGACAAGCUUGAUGUGACUGGUGUCUAUGGACAAGGACUGUUCCACCACGACGGGCCAUUUGAUGCAUGCAACCCGCAUCGUAACUCCAAAAAGGAUCGCAGGGCACCCAUGCAAGCCUUCCCUGCCGACUCUGCAAACAUGCGAUUGGGUGGCUUUGGCCCCGUCAGUGAUCGCAUCGAUCUAGAUCGCUUCCACGGCCGAGGCGCCGAGGGGUUCAAUGAUUUCUCCACGACGCUUCGUCGCGGACCUGCCACUACCGUCAUCGACCCAACCGCACGCACUGAGCCUGUGCACGGAGAGGAGACGCACGGCCUCGGAACAUCCACAUUCCUCGAAGGCGCGCCCGCGAGCAAAGCUGCCGUUCAGCAACAGCGCCGGGACUCUGGAGACUUUGGCGACGGCGUGAGCGGCAACACGGGAAACGCCGGGGGACUCGGCCGCAAAAAGUCUCUUGCCCAACGCUUCCGCGGCAUGUCUGGCACACGCCCUCAAUAUCGUCCUUCGGUGAUCGAUCAGUCGAGCCCGCCGCUCCCAAAUGAUGCCAAAUCACUAAGUGCGGGCGGCGUCAGCCGAACCCGACACGCCAACAAGGAAGACGAAGUCAACCCAUUUUUCGAGACGGACAAAGCGGAUGGCCCUGCCGACUACGACAGUGCUUUCGAGAAGAAGGGCACCCAGAUCCGCAUCGCCGAGAAGGCGCUACAACCGCCCUCGUCGAGCACCGAGCGACCGAAGACUUCCUCCGGACGUUCUUACAGCCACAACAACGGCGACAGCACGAGCCACAAGAACACCAGCAGCCACGCCCGCGCCUCGAGCAACCCCCGUGGCGGCCAGCCUCCUCGGGCUGCGCCUCCGCCUCCUCCGAACCAGCUCGUCCGCACUCUGACUGACGAACAGCGCGCCAGUGGAAGCAGCAGCGAGAUGGAGCGCAGCGGGAGCGGCAGCGGUGGAGGAGGUUUCCUCAAACGGAUGCGGUCGCUCAAGGGUCGAUCAUAG